UUGAGAGGAUCAAGCAUCCCACAGGGGCAGGAGCAUCAUUACUGGAGUCCCAGUACACAUGGCUGAUGCAGUUAUUGGGGCUGCUGAGUCGCUCACGACUGUUGCUUGUUGUACAAUGUAGAGCUAAUGGGAAGAUAAGGUAACUAUGGACUGGAGCUGUACUGCCCCAAAGUGACUGCUUUCUGUAUCUGUGCGAUGAAGUGACAGAGGGAAAAAGCUCAGUGACAACUGUAGAAGUUCUGAAGCUCAAACGACUCACACACACACAGUGCGAUCCAGGGAUGCGAUCUUGGCACCUGCACAAUGAAUGAGAGGCUUCUGACUGACGCCUGCUGCUGAGUGAUAUAAUAAGAUCUGCACAAAUACCAUCACCUUCCCCCCAUUCUCCCACUUUUGGGAUUUUAACUGCAGAGGGAUAUGAAGCACCAGGGAUUCACCUUCAUUGUGUUCCUAAAGUGGCUCAUUCAUGUACCUACCUGGGCAGACUCAGCUAAGUUGUACCCCCUGAGAUGUGAGGGUCAUUCCUGCAACCCUCCUAUUGUAAACCUCGCCUCAGGCAGAACCCCCCUCACACUCAGCACAUGUGGGAAGAAUAUCACAGAACUGUUCUGCUCCUUCCUAGAGCAGCCCCUAUUUGAGCAGGUCCCACCCUCCUGCGGGCAGCCCCAGUGCACUAAAUGCAGCGUUAACCAGCUGAAGAAUUCCCACCCACCUUCUUACAUGACAGACGAUGUCUUUUUAAAACCAGCAACCUGGUGGCAGUCGGCACAAGGCAUCCAGAGAGAGGAAAUCAGGCUGGAUUUUGGGACAGUGGUUUAUUUAACGCACGUUAUAAUGGUCUUUAAGUCCCCUCGCCCAGCAGCAAUGGUUCUGGAGAGGUCUCACAAUAACGGGAAGGACUGGAGAACCUAUAAAUACUUUGCCACCAAUUGCACAGCCACAUUUGGCCUUCAGGAUGAUUUAACGGCGGAAGGAUCUCUCUGCACUUCUAGGUACUCUAGUGCCUGGCCUUGUACCCGGGGGGAGGUGAUAUUUCGGGCACUAAAUCCAGCCAAUAGGAUUGAAGACCCAUACAGCCCCCAGGCACAGGACCUCCUGAAAAUCACCAACCUUCGGCUACUUCUCUUAAAGAGACAGGAAUGUCCCUGCCUGGUAGUGCCUGAAAACCGAGAGAAGCCAAACUGGUUUGCCUACUAUGCCAUCUAUGAUUUGAUUGUGCGAGGCAGCUGCUUCUGUAAUGGGCACGCAGAGUAUUGUCAGCAGGUCACACAUACUCAUGGCACGGAAACUGUGGUCCAUGGUAAGUGUGUAUGCCAACACAACACAGCGGGAGAUCACUGUGAGAGGUGUGCCCCCCUCUACAACGACCAACCAUGGAGACCAGGAGAUGGGAAGACAGGGGCACCCAAUGAAUGCAAACGUUGUCGCUGCCACAAUCACGCACUCAGCUGCCACUUAGACUUUAGAGUGUGGUUGUCAUCGGGCAGGAGAAGUGGGGGAGUCUGCGAAAACUGCCAGCACCACACUGAGGGAAACCACUGCCAGAGGUGCAAGCCUGGAUACUAUAGAGAUCACAAUGAGCCCAUGGCAUCGCCAGCAGCCUGCAAAGAAUGUUCCUGCCAUCCAACUGGUUCUGCCCUUCUUACACCGAAUGGAAGCUGGAAGUGCCAUCCCAAAACAGGAUUCUGUUACUGCAAACCUGGAGUAGCGGGGCCCUAUUGUGACGUCUGUAGCAAAGGAUUCUGGGGAUUCAGCGAGAGGGGCUGCCGCCCUUGUGACUGUGCCAACCAUUGUGACCCACACACAGGAAAAUGCCCAGACAGUCAUGAGCACCUGCUGGACAUUCCCAUUGGUGGAAGAAUAUAUGAUGUCCUUGAAGCUCCAGCCAAUGAAAGUGAGGGAGAGUGGAAAUGGAACGGCGAACAAGGCUUUUCAGCCAUGAGAUAUCCAGAGAAGUGCAUCUGCAAGGAGCAGACCUUUGGGCCCAUUACAGAGUUUUGCAAGAUGAAGUUUGCAUACGUAAUAAAAGCCAGGAUCCUUUCAGCCCAUGACAAGGGCACGCACGCUGAAGUUGUGGUGAAAGUGAGAAAGGUGCUGAAAUCUGGAAAAGUCUCCAUUACCCGAAGCAACAUGAAUAUCUACCCGGAAUCCUGGACCAACCGAGGCUGCACUUGCCCAGUUCUGAACCCUGGUAUGGACUAUCUCAUAGCCGGGUCGGAGGACAGGCGCAGCAAUAAGUUGUUGGUCAACAUGAACAGCCUGGUCAAGCCCUGGAAAGCAAAUUGGGCAAAGAAGGCAAUGGACAUAAUCCAAUCUGGUUGCAAGCAGGCUAGUAAGGCAUAAUGCAGCGAAGGAAGCCAUUGUCUUUAUCCAUCAUCGUUCUGUCUCAUCCCCCGUAACAAACAAAUUCUCCAUUAUUCCUCUAUUGUUAGUUGGCUUAUAGGACACCCUCACCUCAUGUGUGCAAGGACUAUACAUGGUGGGUAAAUUUUUCUUUCCAAAGAAACUGUUCUUGGUCAUAAAGACUUUUUUGUUUAAUAAAAUGCCCAGCUUAUUGCUUGCGCCAGUCACUACUGCUGAAUAGGGCCAGUAAUAGGCCUACAGCAUUCACUUCAGACACAUAUUACAAUAAAGAACAUGUAAUGGUU